AUGGGUUUUUGCAAAUUUUCCAAGUAUAAUUCUCUUUUCUCGAUCAUAUGUUUCUUCGUGGCAUCAAGCGAUAACAAUGCUGGGAUAUUGAAUGAUCGAACUGCUCUUCUUUCGUUCAUGUCUGGGAUUGUUGUCGACCCAAAACAAUUUCUAGAGAGCUGGAAUGCUUCGGGUGUUCAUGUCUGCAACUGGAGAGGAGUUGGGUGCAAUGUCACAAGAGAGAGAGUUGUAAAGCUUGAUCUUAGUGGCAAUUCUCUUCAAGGCACUAUCUCUCCGGCCAUAGCCAAUCUUUCUUCCUUAUCGAUUCUUGACUUGUCGGAUAACUUAUUUGAAGGUCGCAUUCCAGCUGAGCUAGGCUCUCUUUUUCAGCUCACACAGCUCAGUUUAUCUUCAAAUCUUCUUGAAGGGAGGGUUCCAAUUGAGUUAGGCUUUCUUCACCAAUUAGAAUACAUUAAUUUGGGAAGCAACCGGCUUUCGGGUGAAAUUCCUAUGCCACUUUUGUGCAAUGGGUCAUCUUCUUUGCAGUAUAUAGACCUUUCCAACAAUUCUCUUGGUGGAAAAAUCCCCUUGAACAAUCAAUGUGAGCUUAAAGAGCUAAGGUUUCUUCUCCUUUGGUCAAAUAAUUUUGUGGGUCAAGUUCCUCAAGCACUUUCAAACUCUUCAAAACUUGAAUGGCUUGACUUGGAAUCAAACUUACUAAGUGGAGAGUUGCCUUCAGAGAUUGUAAAUAACAUGCCAUUAUUACAAUACCUCUAUUUGUCCUAUAAUCAAUUUUCAAGCCACAAAGGUAACACUGACCUCAAACCUUUUUUCGCUUCUUUGGUUAAUUCUUCUAAUUUGCAAGAACUUGAGCUGGCGGGAAACAGUCUUGGUGGAGAGAUUCCUUCUAUUAUUGGUGAUCUCUCCCCUAGUCUUGUACAGCUUCAUCUUGAUGAGAAUCUUAUCUAUGGCUCCAUUCCUCCUCACAUCUCAAAUCUUGUCAACCUCACCCUUUUGAAUUUGUCCUGUAAUCUUGUGAAUGGAUCGAUACCGACUCAAUUAUGUCGAAUGGGAAAGCUAGAGAGGCUAUAUUUGUCAAACAACUCGCUCUCCGGUGAGAUUCCAUCGGAAUUUGGCAAUGUUCCCCAUUUAGGCCUUCUUGAUUUGUCUAAAAACAAGCUCUCCGGUACAAUCCCGGAUUCUUUUGCUAAUCUCUGUCAACUAAGAAGACUUUUGCUGUACGAAAACAUGCUCUCAGGAACCAUACCACCAAGUCUAGGAAAAUGCAUUAACUUAGAGAUUCUUGAUCUUUCUCACAAUAGAAUUUCUGGGAUAAUUCCCAGUGAAGUGGCCAGAUUGAAUAGUUUGAAGUUGUACUUGAACUUGUCUAACAACCACUUACAUGGGCCUAUUCCAUUGGAGCUGAGUAAAAUGGACAUGGUGCUAGCUAUUGAUCUAUCAUCUAACAACUUAUCUAGCACUAUACCUUCACAGCUCGGAAGCUGCAUUGCUCUAGAGUAUCUCAAUCUAUCCAAUAAUGUUUUAGAAGGCCCUCUUGCGGGAUCGAUAGGGCAGUUGCCUUACCUUAAAGAGCUUGAUGUGUCCUUUAAUCAGUUGGUUGGUGAGAUACCACAAUCAGUUCAGGAAUCUUCAACUCUAAAGCUACUCAACUUCUCUUUCAACAACUUCACCGGGAACGUUUCGAAUACGGGGGCCUUUUCAUCGCUGUCCAUAGAUUCUUUCCUGGGCAUUCCUGGGCUUUGUGGUUCCAUUCAAGGCAUGCCAAACUGCAAGAAAAAACGAUCCCCCCGCUCUAUAAUCUUGCCAGUCCUCCUUUCAUUGAUUCUAAUUCCUAUAUUAUGCAUCUUGGGAUAUCCAAGGAUCAAAUUCAGGAGGCAAUUGAAAAUAUUAGAUGGUGGGGAUGUUGAAGAUGAAGAAAAGGGAAGGAAAGAGCACAAGUACCCAAAGAUCUCUCAUCGACAACUCACUGAAGCCACCGGUGGAUUUAGCAGUUCAAGCCUAAUUGGAUCAGGUCGAUUUGGCCAUGUUUACAAAGGAGCUCUACGAGACAACACCAAGAUUGCUGUGAAGGUACUGGAUUCGACAACUGCUGGAGACAUUUCGGGGAGCUUUAAAAGGGAAUGCCAAGUGCUGAAAAGGACUAGGCAUAGAAAUUUGAUAAGGAUCAUAACAGUUUGUAGUAAGCCUGACUUUAAGGCUCUUGUUCUUCCACUGAUGCCAAAUGGAAGCCUCGAGAUUCAUCUGUACCCGAGCCACGGAUUGAGCAAUGGAUUGGACUUGAUUCAGUUGGUGAGCAUAUGCAGCGAUGUCGCAGAAGGGACGGCCUAUCUGCAUCAUCACUCUCCUGUUAAAGUUGUGCACUGUGAUCUUAAACCGAGCAAUAUUCUCCUUGAUGAUGACAUGACUGCUCUGGUCACUGACUUUGGUAUUUCAAGGUUGAUAAAAGGCGGUGAUGAGAGUAUUUCUGUUCAUGAUUCACCUUCAUUCUGCUCUACAGAUGGCUUGCUUUGUGGGUCAAUUGGUUACAUUGCUCCUGAAUACGGAAUGGGAAAACGAGCUUCAACACAAGGAGAUGUUUACAGUUUUGGGGUUCUUCUGUUAGAAAUCGUGACACGAAAACGUCCCACAGAUAUCCUUUUCAGCGAAGGUUCAAGCUUACACCAAUGGGUUAAAAGUCACUACCCAUACAAGCUCGAAACAAUCGUGGAAGACGCCAUUCUAAGGUAUGCGCCCCAUAGCCCUUUCGCAUAUGACAAGAAGAUAUGGAGCCGUGUGAUCGUGGAGUUGAUUGAACUCGGCCUAAUGUGCACACAGUGCUCUCCCUCAACUAGACCAACCAUGCUGGAUGUAGCGCAGGAGAUUGGCCGAUUGAAGCAAUACCUGUCUAGACCUUCAACUCUAAAAGAAGCUUCAACUAAAGUCACAACUUUUUGA